AUGUUCUCAACCGGCGCCCAGUUCGAACCCACUUUUGCCGUCACCUCACGUUUCUCGUUUCUCCAAUUGCUCCUCCUGAUAUGCUACGUCUCCCUCGAGUCUUCCUUGCCUGCAAGAAUUCGUGAUAUUCGGCAACUCUCCGACGUUAGCUCUCGCAAUGAACACGAAUGGUAUCCACAAAUCGGUACUGAGGGCUUUUCUGAGAUGAGAACGAAGAUCUGGACAGCAACAAGCACGGAGACUCGUCGACAUUGGGAGUAUGUUCGUGAUUAUUUGUUGCAGGAGAAGCUGGUCCACUUUGGGGUGUCAGCCCAGGAACUGCGAGCAUAUCUGUGUCACCUCCUUUGUCGCAUUGAGCAAAUAUCCUCGGAAAGCCUGAUCGCGAUGUGUACCCCAAGAGCCGCCCUAACUGCGCCGAUCACGCAUCUGGGGGAGCGGGCCAGCUUGGUGUUGGUCUGCUUCAGUCUUGGUGUGACGUUAACUCCAGGUGACCCAACGCCACUACUGUCAUUGCUCACGCACCCUGAUGAGCAACGAAUAGGAACGAUGGUUUCCCAAUUACAAACCUCGCCCUUAUUUCGGAGCCAAAUACGGCCACCACAAUUAUGGGAUGCGUUGAGUUCCCUGCAAAUGCUCUUUGCUUACGAGAACGAGGAGAUCCUGGAUUGCGGCUCUGCCUUCGAUAACCCUUCCUACGGGCAGCCAUGGACAGUGGAAAUCCAACAACAUGAAAUUCGGACAUGGCAAUACAAUUACUUCAGGCCCAAGUCCACCACAUCUUCCUCGGUUCAACAUCAUGCCAAAAGGCCGAAACGAAACGCUCAAUCUAUGUUGGCACUCGGAGGGUUUCAGAUGCACCCAGUGUCCAAGCGUAGGAAGCAGCUGUCUUCCGACGACAAUGCCUAA